AUGUCUCGGUACGUAUCCCAUGCUGGAACCAAACCGGAUAAUAAAGAAGUGCUGACAGUUCGAUUUCGAGGGCAGCCGGCUGGCAGAGGCGUGAUUUGGGACCAGGAAAUCUACGACAACUUUGCCUAUAACCAGGAUCGCACCUUUUUCCAUACCUUUGAACUCGAAGACUGCGCCGCUGGUCUCUCCUUUGUCGACGAGAAGGAGGCCAAGACCUUCAUUAAGAAGAUGUAUGAGCGCGAGAAGCAGGCGAGCAAAGAGACUGCCAAGACGCCUUUCGCAUCGACCCGAGGCCAAGGACCAGCUCCCGUGACGAAUGGGAAAGUAGGUCGGUCAUUGUUCGGUAGCUUGUUGCACCGUUCGAGCCCAACCCCAAGUGCGCCGCCACCAACAGCACCUGCGCCUUCAAUACAGGUUGCGCCCCCGCCGACGUUAUCCCCAAUUGCACCACCAGCGCUGCCAGCCAAGGCAGAUUUACCGUUCGACACUAGCGAUCCAUCGUGGAAAGGACUGUUGGAUGAGCUCAAGGGCAUGGGAAUCACCGAAGAUCAGAUCGCCGAGAACUCCGAAUUCAUCAAAGCCUGGAUUGAUCAGAAGCAGGCAGCAGCAGCAGAGGCUCCCCCUGCGGAGGGCGUCAAUAAGCCCAAGACCGCUCCUCCACCACCACCGCCUGCUCCAAAGGUCAACUCAAUUAGCCCGCAAGACACCGGAUCAAGCUCGACAAGCCGCCGGGGACCUCCACCCCCGCCCCCGUCACGGAAAACGCGUACUGAGGCACCAGAAGAACGAGUAUCGACUCCCCCGCCCCGCGAGCCCUCUCCACCUGUACGGAGAUUCAACGCGCCGCCUCCACUUGCUGAUGCCGGCAAGUUUGCGGAACCAGCUGGCCCUGUGCCUCCCCGACGUCCACGUGCAAUCUCUAAUGUCAAUCCUGGACCUGGACCUCCGCCGCCGCCUCGGCCUCCAAAGACUCCCAUGGAAGAUAGCCAGCCGAGUCCGUCCCGCUUCGGAGUACCGCCACCUUUCUCUGGUGAUCGCAAGGUGUCUGCGCCGCCGGCACCCCCAAGCCGUAGCCCUGUGCCUGGCGGUCCUCCACCGCCGCCUCCUCGCACGGCAAGCCCAGCAGCACCACCUCAGCUGCCUCCUAAGCUUCCUCCAAUGAACGCCCCUAGCGGACCACCUCCUCCCCCUGCUAGAGGUCCAACCUCUCCACCUCUUCCUCCACCCCCACCCCCAGCGGCCCGGCCUGUGCCUGCCGCACCCUCCUCCCCUCCCGCUGUCCCUCCACCACCUCCUCGAGGCCCAGUUGCGCCUCCCCCAGUACCGCCAACAGCUUCUCCCAGUCUUCCUCCACCACCUCCCCCGCCUGGCUCUGCACCCGGUGGUCUCCCGCCUCCGCCGCCCCCUCCAGGCCGAGGCCCAUCAAUGCCACCACCGCCCCCAGCACCGGGAUCGAGAGCACCUGGAGGACCACCCCCACCCCCUCCACCACCUGGUGGUGGUGCUCCUCCUCCUCCACCCCCUCCUCCUGGCGGCGGUGCUCCUCCUCCACCUCCUCCCCCUGGUGGUGCUGCGCCUCCCCUUCCAAAGCCCAGCGGUGGACAUGACAACCUUUUGGCAUCUAUCCGAGCAUCUGGUGGCCACGGUGGCGGUGGACUCCGCAAGGUCAAGGACUCAGAAAAGAAAGACCGUAGCGCCGCAGCCGUGCCUGGUGCUGCCAACGAGUCAACUGCAACCCCUAGCUCAGGGGGUGCUCCGCAAGGCGGCUUGGCUGGUGCUUUACAAGAUGCUCUCAACAAGCGGAAGCAGAGAGUCAGUGGAAGUGAUGACGAGAAAGACAACGACGACGACUGGUGA